CUUUCUGCUUUCCUGAAUCCAGCAGAGGACCAGAGCCAGCAAGAAGAAAGGGGGUGGAAGAAAACACUGGAAGAGGACUGAACAUUUGCACUGGUGCUCUGAGCUGCUUUGGUGGUGAAAGGAACUUGCUGAGCCAGAAAGAUGCGUGAGUAUACAGAAAAGAAGGAAACAUGUGGGACCAUCUGUCUCAAGUACCUGCUCUUCAUCUUCAACUUCUUUUUCUGGCUGGCUGGUGGAGCCGUGAUGGCAGUGGGCACCUGGACCCUAGCUGAGAAGAGUGACUACAUCAGCCUGCUCUCUUCCAGCACAUAUUCAGCAACUGCUUAUAUUCUGGUGGUGGCUGGGGUGGUUGUCAUGGUUACUGGCAUCCUUGGGUGCUGUGCCACCCUCAAAGAGCGUCGGAAUUUGCUAAGAGUGUACUUCAUACUGUUGCUGUGCAUCUUUCUCCUGGAGAUCAUUGCUGGAAUCCUGGCCUAUAUCUACUACCAGCAGCUGAGCAUGGAGCUGAAGCAAAAUUUGAAGAACACCAUGACUCAGAAGUACCGGAAGGAGGGAGAAGAGAGUGUUACCAGCGCAGUAGACAAACUGCAGCAGGAGUUCAGGUGCUGUGGGAGCAACAACUACACAGACUGGGCUGACAGCCUGUGGAUCAAAUCUCCAGAGGCCAAUGGACGGAAAGUCCCAGACAGCUGCUGUAAGACAAUAACUGACCUGUGUGGCCGAAGAGACCAUCCUUCCAACAUCUACAAGGAGAGCGGUUGCAUUACCAAGCUGGAAAACUUCAUUCAAGAGCAUCUGAAAAUUAUCGGGGCAGUGGGGAUCAGCAUUGCUUGCGUGCAGAUCUUUGGGAUGAUUUUCACCUGCUGCUUGUACAAGAGUUUAAAGCCAGAACCAUACUAAUAGUUGCGGGAACUCUGUCGCUCCCCCUCUGCCACUUCCCUUAGCGCCUGCCAACCUGACCACUCUCCACCACCACCACAGAAGUGUCUGUAACCUGAGGACUUGGCUCUGUAAUUAAAUGCCUCUCAAGCCAUGCACCGCCUUACCUGCCCCUUUGGGGGAAAGUCACCCUCCUUGUUAUGUACAAGGCAG